ACACGAACCACCCAUGAGUGCCCUCUAUCCUUCGGCCGACGUAUCGUCGCUCUCCCAGUUCAUCGGCCGUCCGCUGCGUGAGCUUCCAACUCCAUGUGCGAUCCUGCAUGAGCCCACAGUGCGUCGUAACUGCGCUCGUCUCGUGGACGUCGCGCAGCGCCUGGACAUCGGCUUGCGUCCGCACGUCAAAACGCACAAGACCACCGAGGUGACGCGACUACAACUUUCGGGGCUCGGCACGGGGAAUGUGAUCGUCUCGACCGUGCGUGAAGCCGAAGCGCUCGAACCGCUCGUGCGCGACGGGACCGUAACGGACAUCCUGUAUGGAGUUCCUCUUGCACCCUCGGCGCAAUCGCGGCUGCUCGCUCUGCGUUCCCGCAACCCGAGAUUGACCAUCUCCGUGAUGAUCGACCAUCCGGCACAGCUUCCCGCUCCACCGACCGAAGGCGGUCCGUUGAGCGUUUUCGUCAAGCUCGACAACGGGUACCAUCGUGCGGGACUGGCAACCACCUCGGUCGAACUGAAACUAUUGCUGGAGGCGAUUGCCGCAGCGGAGAAGACGGGAGCUGUGUCGCUGGUUGGAUUCUACUCGCAUGCUGGCCACUCGUACAGCAGCACCAGCGCGCAGGAAUCGAUGCAGUUGCUGGCAGUGGAACUCAACACGGUUAUCUCCGGGGCCCAGUUAACGGCGCACGAUGAAGAGCGGCAAUUGGUCCUCUCGGUUGGCGCCACGCCAACGGCAUUGAGUGCUUCUGAAAUCAAAGGGGUCGUGGCAAAUCUUCAGCAGAUAGGCGGAGGACAGUGGAGAUUCGAGUUGCACGCAGGCGUCUACACGCUGCUGGAUCUGCAGCAACUUGCGACACGGCCAGCCGGUUUGGGUCUCGCCGAUGUCGCGCUUACGAUCAUGGUAGAAGUGGUCAGUGUGUAUCCUGACCGUCGGGAGGCAUUGGUUGCAUUCGGGACGACUGCUCUGGGUCGCGAGCCGGGUGGGAUGGAGGGUGUUUACCCCGGGUGGGGGCUUGUGACCGGUUGGAAGGAUGGAGAAUCGUGGGAUGGCGUCGCGAAGAGUGGAUGGGUUGUCGGAAGGAUCAGCCAAGAACAUGCCAUAUUAACAGUUGAAGGCGACGGAGAGCCUAUGGAGUUGAGUGUGGGUAUGAAAGUUAGGGUCUGGCCACAGCAUGCCUGCAUUGCGGGUAACGGGCAUGGGUGGUAUUUCGUGACCGAUGGCGAUGUGGUGACGGAUGUGUGGGUUCGGUGGAGAGGUUGGUGAGGAUUACAGCUGAAGAUGACAGUCUUCAGUUACCUAACGCCUUCCGCUCGUAUAGAGCAAACAUUUUCUGCUUUUUUGGUUGAGUCUUGAAACAGGUGACCCCUUAAUGAGAACUACAUAUUAUGUACAUCAUCACCAUAUCAUCAUCGCAAUCACAAUCCCAUCAUGCGGGUCCUACAU